AUGUCCAGCGCCGAAGUCCAAGAACGCCUCAAGAAGCUCGGCCUGAGCGCCCGAACUGGUGAGAGCAAUGGACUGACUUUACAAUAUAGGCUAACGGGACGACUUAGUGGAAAGGGUACCCCUCGCCGAAAGGUCAAGCGCGCACCUGCCCGCUCCGGCGCCGACGACAAGAAGCUUCAGCUCGCCCUUAAGAAGCUGAACACUCAGCCCAUCCAGGCUAUCGAGGAGGUCAACAUGUUCAAGCAGGACGGAAACGUCAUCCACUUCGCUGCCCCCAAGGUUCACGCCGCUGUCCCCUCCAACACCUUCGCCAUCUACGGUAACGGCGAGGACAAGGAGCUCACCGAGCUUGUCCCUGGUAUCCUCAACCAGCUCGGCCCCGACUCUCUUGCUUCCCUCCGCAAGCUCGCCGAGAGCUACCAGAACCUCCAGAAGGAGAAGGGCGAGGACGAUGAUGAGAUCCCCGAUCUCGUUGAGGGCGAGAACUUCGAGAACGAGCCCAAGGUCGAGUAA